CUUACUCGUUUAUUCUCUCUCGCUCAACUUAGAGGGGGCACUUGUUGAAUUUCAGGGGUUACGUUUUAGGUUUUUUCAAUGAAACUUUUGAUAUAUCGUUACAUAUCAACCGACUGACCGCAAAAUUCUCUUCCACGCGAACCGAUAUCACCUAUAUCGUAACUUCUUAUUAUUUUAAUUUAACGUUAAAAAUAUGAAUUUAUCGCUAUAAUUCUCUUAUUUAUAUUUGCUCGAAUAUCCAAAGCUUGCUUUAUAAAUUAGUCUAUGUGUACCGUAUUCACUAGCUAGCAAACUGACCGUUUGUGUACGGAUUUAGGGGAUUAGCCGACGGUAACAAAACAUAACUGACCCAGUGCAAGUGCACUAGCAUAAGACUGACGUUCAUUCUUUGAAAUAUGAUCUUUCACCCUCGAUACCUUUCCGCACGUUUCUCUUUUAUACCUGCGGUUAGGUCAUUUUAUUUAAGACCAUUCACUAUAACUUCACGCCUUCCCCAACAUCGUUAGUGGGAUUUUAAGCGUUGUAUUAGAAUUUCCAGUAGCUGAUUCAAAAUUAAAUAAAUAUUGACAAUACAUUUCAUAAUAUUAACAAUGUUAAUUUCUCUAACAAAAUAAUAUAGAACAGAAAUAUGUUCAAAUAAUCUUAUGCAAAUAACUUUAGCAUCUGGUUCAAAUACAAUUAAACUCGCGCGAAAUGAAAUGUGACGUUACGAAUGCAUAUCCUGCGUACAUCGACAAAAGGGGUCGUAAAUAACGCUUUUAAACUCGCGCGUUAUACUGCUAAGCUCCUUUUGUCAGUUGAGCACAUUGUACUCGACAAAUGUUUACGAACAGCCGCAAAGUAGCGAAGCGAUCAGGGUGACAGAACCGUCGCCUCCACCGUAGCCGGGGGCGGGGGUUGAAACGCGCAGUUUUCGUGCGGGUUUUCAGCAAGCGCGACAGAUUGAAAGGGGAAAGGUACGGUCCGAUUUCACCCGCGAGCUUUAAUUGCCUAAUUACGUUAACGCUCGAUUUUCGUGACGUGUCGACGAACCACGCGGGUUAAACGAUUCCGUUAGUUUCGUGGAAAUUUCGCGCAUACUCUUCAUCCCCGGCUUAAAAUAUGACCGCGCGAUUAUACAGCUAUUUUUUCAAGCUAAUACAUCUGACAAUUCAUUUUUAAUUAUGCGACAUUCCAUUUUAAUAUUUGAUACAUCAAACGUUUCAAUUAGAUAUUGAUGAUUGGAAAAAUAGAAAUUUCAAAUAAAAUAUUUAAUUAGUUCAUAUAUUGGCAAUCAACGGUUAACAAAUUAAUAUAUGAAUAAUUGUGAUCAGGAUGCACAGCAAAAAUUCGUAGUAUUAUUAGUCGGACACGAACAGUUUACGCAUGAUUUAAUGACAUAAAGGUGUCACGUCAGAUGUUGCUUAAAUUCUUGUAAAAAUAACUAUAUACCUAUCAUCAAUCAUUUGUGUACAAAACGGCUGAGUUAGGUUUGGCUGGUUGUCAGUUACAGCAAACAAUCAAUCAGAGUGAAAAUGGGUUUUUCUUUUUUCGACAGAUUGAAAUUAGAAUAUUCUGAAAGUUUCGCAAGAUUUAAAAAAAAUGCAGGUUAUGAAAAAAAAAAAGAAAACAAUGAAUGUUAUAGCGUUUCAACUUCAAUAUUAAAGUUACAAGUUCAUCGACAUGGACGGUAGAUUAUAGCUGACCAUUGCAAAAAAUUUGCUACCUCGUCAAAUCUUUGUUAUAUAGAACCUUCUUAACUAGGAAAUCGGUGCACAAUUUUAAUCUAACUUCAUAAUUAAUUCUAUCUUACUUGCAAUAGUAUCUACAGUGUUUAUUAUUUUUCGCUGGUUAGCUGGAAAAAUUAAUUAUUUAUUGGUUCAAACUUUUGAAGACGACAAGGAUAUAAAUUAACCGUAAAAACAUAUUACAUCGUAAUAUCAUUAAGUGCAAACUAGGGCAGACGGGAAAUGAUCAUUUCAGAAGUUACAUCCAUUGUUCCAACAUUGUUUGAAACUACGCUACAGCCAAUUCCAGUUCUAGCUCGAAAUUGUAACCCUCAACACAAUGGUGAAAUUGUAUUCGGAUAUCGCGUUCAUAGAACAAACCUAGGGUCAAAUUAUUGCCUAAAUCACGACCUUUUAGACCUAUUGCAACAUUCCAGCAAGUAUCCAUACGUUCCACAAUUUAUAAUCCACAAUAUCGAACGGUAGCAAUAUUUAUUCGUAUUAUUCGAGCAACUAUUUUGCCAGGGGGUAUUUUUAUUGCGAUUUUUACGACGCUUCCUUCCGCCUCCUUCCCAUCGAUUCUGUUAUUUUAAAAAAAGGGGUGAAAGCGUUCGAUCCAUCCGACGGCGAACCUUCGCAUCACCUCAUAAACUUUGAAAACAUUUCUUAUAACCGGCGGAUAUUUUGCGGGGGUGAGAUUCCUGGCAGGGCUUAUCACGGCUGAGAUUUACUUGCUCCAGCGACAAGCUACAAAAGUAUUAAAAUAUCGCGUGAAUAGCGCAUUCUCGUAUCCUCUAUAGAAUAGGGGUGGUUUCGUGAAACAUCACUUUUUUUUUAGCAUACCUUUCGAAGGAUAGAAUCUUUUCUACGUUAAACGUUUUUGUAAACAAUUUAAUAGAAGAACGAGGAAGAGACAUUUCUUUAUUUCAUAGUUAUUUCGAGUACAAAUGAAAUAUCAAAUAAAUGGUAAUCCUUGAAUUAUAAUGUCUGAAAUAUUACCGAAUGUCUGAAUUGCAUUCUGCAAUAAUUUGUCAGCGAACUCCUUGGUAUCGAAGGGGUUGAAGAGAAUUGCAAAUCGUUGAAAAGAAUAUUCGGCGAGAGCGAUCGAGACGGGUCGAAGUCUCAACAAGGGUGUUCCGUCGCGUAAAGACAUGAAACAUGGAAAUACCGAUACCGCAUCUGAUCCCGUUCGAACAAACGAGGAGUGCAGAGGGGUUGAAAGGGGAUGGCACAGGAAGAAGACGUAGGAAGGCGCAAGGGUAGCACGGAGAGACGCGUACCUCACCUGGCAUACCGUGAGAGUAUCGCGACACAUUUUGAUCGAAUUCUUCUCGAGGUCGAGGAAUGCUGGUAUCUCCGCUCUCGUUUGCAUCGCGAAAGAAAUCCUCUGCACGAUGUACGAAGACACGGAGGAUGCGUCGGACAUUCACGAGGACUUCUUCAACGCGUUGGCUUUGCUGCAUUCGACGGAGGAUAAUAGCACGGAGAAACUUCGGAAAAUGUUGGAUGUGAUUUUAGAAAGGAAAUAUGGUUUUGAGAAAACUUUGAUGGCCAGGCUGCCAAAGAAAUUUCUUAGGAGCACGAAAAUCUCUGGUAAAUCCGAGAAUCGCGAGGAUGUCGCUUCCUGUAGGACAGGAAGUAACCCUCAGAGAGCUAUCGAUCUGUCUGUUGCAAAUAAUUCAACAGAUAGUAAUUGGGGGAGUAUAAAAGUGUUCGAUGCUGAUUUUGAGGACUACAGCGAGAAAGGGGACAUCCCAAGGAUAUCUAUUCCUGAUGAGGGCUCCGGAGAUGGACUUCUAUGCAAGGUCUGCAAUGGAGCAAAAUUGGGACCCUUGAUUCUGCUCGAGUGUCAAGAGUGUCAAGAAGUGUAUCAUCCUCUGUGCCAUCAGCCUCCUGUCGUCGACGUCGACGUUUAUGACCCUAGAAUCGUGUGGAGAUGUAGAAAAUGUAUAAACACUUCAAUCUUUUCUCCCGGUACUUUCGAUGAAGAGAAACUAAAGAGAACUUGUCCAUUCAACGACACCAAUAAACUUGAAGAAGUUCCUGUUAAAGAAGACACGUUGGAGAAAUUGAACAGCGGUCAUUCGAAAAAUGAAACGACUGUCGCUGUUCAAACUUUGCUGGAUUGCAAUGUAGAAGAUACAUUGAAUGCAAAACCCCUUAUGACCCAAAAGAUGUCGAGGAAUGUACCCUCGAGUCAGUUGAGAAAACGAAUCGGAUCGAAACUUUCGGUAACACGUUCUGUAAUUAAAUAAUCAUCGAUUUUUUAUUUCUAAUCAUUGAUAAAUAAUCACAGAGUUAUCUUUCAUUCAAAGGGUCAAAUGGGCUGUAAUAAUAUUGAUAAAUAAAUUGGAAACAGGUUACUGUUGUUGUUUAUUGAUUAAGUAAAGGUAUAGUUUAUUGAUUAAUUAUUUCGUUAUACGUGCAAGACGGAACGUAUCAAGAAGAAGAUACAAAAGACUGAAAAUUUAUUUGAUUUUAAACAAUAUUCAAGGAAAAUUGAAACUUUCAUCACAAUCCUCCCUUCGAUGGUAAUUAUCAUAAUUUCACGCGUUUCGUCGGCCAACUAUUAAGCCGAUUACGGACAAUGCUUACGCUCGUUACGUUAAUUCCAUCAAAGGAAGCUUGGUCUUUUGAAAAACUAAAAUAAGAAAGAUAAAACGUUGAAGAUCUCUAUUUUGGUCAUAUAGGUAGUUAGAAGUCUCUGUCAUUGUCGCACGAUUCAUUUCGUUUGCUCGUUCGUUUUCUGUAUUAAGGUCAACAGAGUUCAAUUACCUUCGGCGGCCAUGCCGAACUUUUAGCCAGGCUCGAUGCUCGAUCACUUUCGCUCUAAUUGAUCUCAUGAAGAUCAACUAUGCACGUGAGAUAAUAGAAAAUUAAAGAUUUAAGUUCGUCCUUUCGAGGGACAAAAGAAAAAUACGAAUCGAAUUGGAUUUGUUACACAACGAAAAGGUUUUAUAUAAGUUUAGAGAAACUUUGGAUAUAAUUGAUUUGUAUCUUGUGGCUCUCUAAAAGGAAAAGAAUAAAACUGAAUUCAACACAGAAAACAAUAAAUAUACAAUCUUUGCAAAAGAAAAACAAAAGCGUACAAUUUUCUUCACUAUUUAACUAGAAUUAUUUGUAAAUUUGAAGAAACGUAAAAUCAUUCAACAUACAUCAUCUGUGCUUCAUCGUCAAUUUAUCUCUCUUCGACACUACAUUUACCAAUUUACAAUAUUUUAAAGGAAAUAUAAUUAACUAUCGUUAUACUUGAUCGCGAAGUUUUACAAACUGGAUGCUUUAUUUUUAAGCCAAGUUACCUUGGACCGGAGCGAAUUUUACUUACAUAAAUAAAAAAUAAGUAUCAUCUAAACACUGGAUACGAGUAUUGAAACAUAAAUAACUAAAUUAUUGCUAUCUCUUAAUUAGAUUAGCUUAAUUAGGUACCCUAUAGAAAACAGUACGUGUACAUUAUCGCUCAAAAUUCUUAGGACACUGAGUUUCACAAAAACUACUAUUUUGGAAAGUGAAUAAAUAAAAAUUCAAAUAUUAUCUAGGCAUAUCUUAAGUUGAACUACGUUAAAAAUUCAAUAUUUGAUAUAAUAAUGGAAGCACAGAGUCGACCACUCGACCAAAAUAUUGAAAUCGAGUAUUUCUUCAGCGAAAUCGUUCUCGAUCUUUACUUUCAAUUGAAACUUUAUUUUGCAAACACGACGUGGUGUCCUAAGACUUUUCAGCUACAUCGUAUACUUUUUACGCUACAUUACAAACACAAAAACACUAUCGUAAGACAGCUAUUUGUGCCGAUUAUCACAGAACUAUCGAUCGUCUAAAACUAAAAGAUCCGAGUAUCAAGGAAAAUAAAAAAACAGAAUAACGAUUCUCAAGAUUGCAAAUCAAGAAAGGCAUUUUACAUAACAACAAAACAUCUUUACCGUUAUCGUGCGAAUCGAUAUAUUAUCUCGUUAUUAUUGCUAAUUAGCUAAAAAUUGAAGCUCUUCACAAAAAAAUAUACUUUGCAAGUAGAUAACGUUUACAUAAAAUGUCGACUCACAAUCGAGCCACUACUCUAGAAAAAGUAAUACAAAUAACAUUCUAGUAACAAUAACACAAUAAUUUCUUUCGUUAAUCACUUUCAUGCUGUGAUGUUCGAUUCUUAUUAAAGACGAGAUUCUGCGAUAGAGAAAAUAGCUGUUCUCAAAGAUGUACUAAAACGCAUGCAACUUAUUUAUCGAGUCUUUUUUUCUUUUUCUUUUUUUUUUCCUUUUUUCUUUCUGUUAUUGUUCAUAAUUUAACGUGUGCAUAUUUCCUCUAAUUUACCAAGAGUGAGAAGGAGCAAAGUGCAAAAGAGCUCGAUACUUAUGUUACAAUCAGAGCAGUAUUUUAAUUCCGUUACAGAACCUGCUCUGUACUACAUUACAUUAAUGUGAACCUCUGCUCAAACAAGCAGCAGGAGACGUUCAGCCUAAUUCGUGACAGUGUUAUCGUGCCAACUGGCCGACAUCAAUUAAAUAAAGAUUCUGACACAUGUCAAGGUCGUUCCAAGUAACACCUCAACAACAAAUUGUGUUCUGGCACCGAUACGAUACUUUACAUAAACCGUGUGUUAACAUCCAUUCGUCAUUUACAAGCUCAAUUAUCGAAACGGACAACAGUAGCAUACAAUGUUGUGUAACACAUCAGAUGGUAACCAGAAGUUUGUUUAACCGUAAUACAUUUAACGUAUAUUUUGAUUAAAAUUAGAGAAACUUGUGAUUACCACCUUGGUACAUUCGUAUCAACCCUCAGUGGUACUGUCAAACUGUGAAAUACUUGUUAUAAAAAUCUUUGAUAGAUUGUUUGAAAAUCAUUCAGGCUAUAAUACAAGGUGCUUCUGCAUCGAAAAACUAUACUUACACUAUAAGCAUAGAUUUCAAUCUCUAAUUUAUGAUAACAA